CAGCAAACCUAUCCUCAAGAUGGACUCUUGAGGGAGAGCUUGAUUCUUGCUCCCCCUUUUAAUUUACGAUAUAUAUUAUAUCUUAUAUAUCAUAAUAUAUACAUGCGUGUACGACAAAUGUGCGCGAAUUGUUUGGUCGUCGUGGUUCAUCGUUGUUGCUGAAGAGGGACCAACGAAAAAAAAAAAAAAAACAAUAAGAAAAAGAACAACAGUGCCAUCGGAGAGUCGAGCGCACGCCUAUAUUAUAUACGAUAUAUCGAGGGGGCAGUUUCGUGUGUAGAUACGUGCUCAGUGCUCCGUUCGCAUCAUCGUGCGACGAUCAGUGUUCGAUGCUGCUACACUGCACGGCAGUUUUCAUCGUUGUGUAGCAGCACCACGCGAACGCGCACGUCUCGGUGGUUACUUGGGUUAUCGACGAGAAACCAAGAAUACGCGUUAGCGAGUCAGUGCAGUUCGAGUACGACUUUUGUCAACACAGAUACACACACAUACGCGCAUAUAUAGCGAUAUACGUUCGCUCUCGGAGAGAGAGAGAGAGAGAUCGAGGAGAGACGCAUUCACGGCGCACGCACACACGCUCGGCGCGGAGCGGACGGGAGCAAAGAGAGUCAGCAGCAGCAGCAGCAGCACGGAGUGUCAGUUGUGCUGCUGCACAACACAGCAAGGGGCCUAUAUACCAUAUUACCACCAACGGGAGAGCCACUCCUCGCUAUACGGAUUUGGAGUCCGGGCAACCAGCCGCAAGGAUGAUCGUCCAGGAACCCGUUCAGGCAGCCAUAUGGCACUGCUUGAACCACUAUGCUUAUCCGGAUGCAAUUUUUCUGGCUGAGAGGCUAUUUGCAGAAGUGGAAAAUGAAGAAACGCUGUUUCUGCUUGCCACCUGCUACUACCGUUCGGGAAGAAUCAGACAGGCUCAAGGAUUGCUGUCAAAAAGAUCUCUUAGCUCGCCGCAGUGUAGAUUCUUACUGGCAAAGUGUUGUUACGAUUUGGAAAAGUAUGCAGAAGCUGAGGCCGCCAUCAUCGGCGGCUACUACAAGCAAUUGAAAAAUUUUGAUGAGAUUAUUAAUCAAUUUGGUGAUGAAGCUUGUUUCUCACUGCAGAUUUUAGCCAAAAUUUACUAUAAAAUGACCAGGACUGCUAAGGGUAACGAGGCUCAUAAACUGGCCUUGAAACUCAAUCCUUUUCUGUGGCAUUCUUUUGAAGAGUUGUGUAAUACUGGUGAAAAAGUAGAUGCAAGUAAAGUAUUUCAAUUAGAUAAGUUAGAUAGUUUAUCUACAUGUAUUGGCUCUGCUCCUGUUUCAUACUGCAUGCAAGAGCAGUCUGAUCUGAUAAUACCAAGCAAUAAUAAUACUCCAAAUACACCUACUCCUAAUAUAUGUAACAAUAUUACACCAACUCAGGGAACAAAUGGUUUACCUAACUCAAGAAUUCACUCAUCUAUUGAAGAGAGUCCACAAAAUAUUUCAAGCCAUUAUAACACUUGCUCUACUGUAUCUCCAUAUGCAAAGCUACCCCGGUAUAGAAGUAUGUUUAGUAACUCCAUGAGCCCUUUGACCCCAAGUUUUGGAAUUUUACCUUUAGACAUAAAUACACCUGAACCUCCGUCUUCACAUUCAUUAUUAACAGAGGCAAAUGAACAAAAAAAUCUAGCAAAACGAUUAUUGUCAAGAAAAGAAACACCAUUGCAGCAAGGAAAAUUAGUUUUUUCACAGUCAGGUAACACAGGUAACUCUGCUAACAUUGUAGCUAUUACUCCAGCAACUCCUGUGCAAACGCAACCUACGCUUCAAGGACCCAAUGUUAGAAGAUCGUCAAGGCUGUUUACUAGUCAUAGUUACUCUGUUAAAGAAAAUAACAAAUCUCCAAAUCGAAGUAAAUUUGUGACUCCAAAAUCACCAUCUCGCAAAACGAAAACAAGACUGUCAAAAACCAAUCUUAACAAAUCAAACUGUGCUGACAUGAAUGAAAAGAAUAAAAAUGAAAAGGAAAAAAGUGAAACGAUCACGUCGGAAAAAGUUGUAGCAAAUACUAAUGCUCUCAAUCAAAAUAAUACUUCAUCAUAUUCAAGUCCCAUAACGAUCCAAAAAACUUCAGCUGAAGGUCUUAUGUCCUUAUUAAGACAGUUAGGUAUGGCAUACAAACACUUGUGUGAAUUCAAUUGCAUGCAAGCUGUUGAAAUAUUAACUGUGCUGCCUGGGCAUCAUUACAAUACAGGCUGGGUCCUGUCCAUGUUAGCUAAAGCUCACUUUGAAAUGAUCGACUAUAAGAAGGCAGCCAGUUAUUUCGCACAAGUCAGAACUCUAGAGCCUGAUCGAACGGAUCUAAUGGAAAUAUACAGUACAGUGCUAUGGCAUUUACAUGCCGAAGUGCAGCUCUCGACCUUGGCGCAAGAUUUGGUCGCGGAAGACAGGAAUUCGCCCGCCGCGUGGUGCGCAACGGGAAACUUAUUCUCGGCACAAACCGAACACGAGACUGCUAUAAAAUUCUUUCAAAGAGCUAUUCAAGUCAGUCCAACUUUCCCCUACGCAUACACACUGCUUGGACACGAAUAUGUCAUAACAGAAGAAUUGGAUAAAGCUAUAACGGCAUUUAGAAACGCCAUCAGACUAGAUCCUCGUCAUUAUAAUGCAUGGUUUGGAUUAGGCACAAUUUUUUCGAAACAAGAACAAUACAGUUUAGCAGAAUUACACUUCAAAAGAGCACUUGCUAUUAAUCCGCACAACUCUGCGAUAAUGUGUCACAUAGGAGUUGUUCAACAUGCCUUGAAAAAGGUGGACCAAGCUCUAAAAACACUGAAUAAAGCUAUCGAAGAUGACCCUGACAAUACCCUUUGUAAAUUUCAUAGAGCAAGCAUUAACUUCUCUAUUGGUAGAAAUGCCGAAGCUUUAAGUGAAUUUGAAGAACUUAAAAAUAUCGUACCCAAAGAGUCACUAGUCUAUUAUUCUAUAGGAAAAAUUCAUAAAAAAUUAGGCAACACUCAUCUUGCGUUAAUGUACUUCAGUUGGGCCACUGACUUGGACCCAAAAGGAGUCAAUAGUCAAAUAAAAGAAGCUAUUCUUGGCCCAGGACAGAACGAAGACGAAUCAAUUAUAACACAGUCAGAUGAUCCAACUAACACUACCGGAGGCGAACAAGAUAUAAGUAUUGAACAAAGUGGUGAACUCAGUAGUGUUACAGUUAGUAACAUGACAAUUGAAGCCAACGGAGAAGACAGCGACGACAGUUUAUGAAGCUUUGGAAUAUUCAAAAUUAUGAAACUAUUGAGUGAUACGAAUGCCAUCUUCAUUUGUAAUGAUCUACCAUGCUAGUGUAUGGUUGUCAAAGACAACCAUGAAAAAGAAUCAUUAACUCAAGAUUCUCAAACUUUUUUAGAACAACAAUAUCUUUAAAAAUCACUAGUAUUGAAAAACAAUUGCAUCUUGAGUGGCUUGGAAAAGUUGCUUGUUUAAGAUAGCAUAGCAAUUAUAAAUUACCGUACAAUGCCUUGUUCAAAUGGAAUAAGAACGGUACACGGAAAUAUAACGUGUGAUUGAUGUUUGAGUUCUUUUUUAUAUUGUUUACUGUUUUGUUAUUCAGACAAACCUUCGUCGAAUGAUGAGAAAAAAACGGAACGCUCUAAAUGAGUAAGAAGAAAAAGAUGAAAUUAGUUGAGUUCUAGCUGAUUCAAUUAUGCAGUGAAGUGAGCAACAGUUUUUUUUUGUGUAAAUGUACAUUAUUAUCUUUGUAAUUGGUAAACUGAAUAUAUUAGUUCAAGUUGUGAAAGAGUG